AUGCCCGCUCGCGCAACGAGCGGCCCAGCGUCCACCGGCUCUCGAAAAACGUCAGGGCAGAGCGCUUCUUCAAAACGAGCAUCUUCUGCAACGCCUUCUGUAGCGGUGCCCCCAGAGCCGCCGCUUCCUACAACAUCGACACACCUUCGCGCAGACAUUUGCGCAAUUUUCGCAGAUUCCCAACGUUCUACUACCGGACAUAGAAAACUCGUCGUUCGCUUGCGAAAAGUCCAGGAGGUAUGCUGCGGCAUAAUACCACCUAAGAAGUCCAAGGACGGCCAACCGGAUGAAGAAAGAGAGAUACCAUCUAGUGACGAGACCUUUGGUGAGCGGGAAUUCAAUGUGGAAAUCACUCGCUGCAUUCUUCGCAUAUUACCUAUCAAGAAAGCAGAGUCUGUUGGGGACCGGGUUAUUCGGUUUCUCGGUCUGUUCUUGAACCAUGCUUCAGAAAAGGAUGGCGAGGUAUUCAAUCCGGCGGAUGUUGACGAAACACAAAUGUUCCCGGAGACUCCCACCACACGACUGACUCUGGCCAUCGCUAACAUGGUGGUACCAUUGCUGGGAUCGAAGGAUAGGGUGGUCAGGUAUCGCUCAGCACAGCUUCUUUCGCAUCUCGUGAACUCGUUAGAUUCGAUAGACGACGAGGUAUUCCGCUUAGUGAGGACCGGUUUGCUAAGGCGAAUUCGGGAUAAAGAAACCACAGUCAGAGUCCAGGCUGUGCAGGGCCUUGCGCGUCUAGUUGGCAAUGAUGGUGAAGAAGUACUCGAUGACUCGACAGCGGCUCUACUGGAGAAGCUCAUAGACAUUUUGCAAAACGAUGCAGCUGCUGAUGUGCGCAAAACGUUGCUAAUAAACCUACCAUUGAUUCCGUCAACGCUUCCAUACCUUCUUGAAAGAGCUCGAGACUUAGAUGCUGCCACUCGACGUGCACUUUAUUCCCGUCUGCUACCGACCUUGGGCGAUUUCCGUCACCUGUCUCUGUCCAUGCGUGAGAAGCUUCUUCGGUGGGGUCUACGCGAUCGAGAUGAAAAUGUACGAAAAGCCACAGGCAAGUUAUUUUACGAACGAUGGAUUGAAGACUGUGCUGGCAACAAACCGUCCAAUGAGGGAGGGCCCGUGGGACAAAUCUCAGCGCCCAAUAUCUCUGCUCUUUUGGAACUUUUGGAGCGUAUAGAUGCUGUGAACUCUGGUAUGGAAGGCGGCGUGGCUCAUGAAGCAAUGAGGGCUUUCUGGGAAGGACGCCCAGAUUAUCGUGAAGCGGUCACUUUCGAUGAAGAUUUUUGGCAGGGCCUUACAGCAGAAUCUGCAUUCUUGGCCCGCAGUUUCAAUCAGUUCUCUCGCGUAGAGAACGAGGGCAAAUAUGGCGAUCUGGCAGAUGAUAAAUUGCCCGAAGUCACUGCACUUGCAUAUUUUCUUCAAAAAUACUCCGGAGCCUUGCUCGCAAGGCUGAAGCAAGCCGCUGCUAGUGGCGAAAACAACGAGGAAGAGACAAUGGAGCUCGAGUUCGUGGUCGAGCAGCUCCUACAAAUUGCUUUGACACUAGACUACUCUGAUGAGGUUGGACGAAGGAAGAUGUUUGCCUUGCUCAGAGAAAAUCUGGCUAUACCCGAGCUUCCAGAGCUAUCUACCAAGUUGCACGUCGAAGUCCUGAGAAGCGUCUGUGGCCCAGACGCUGCUGGCGAGUCCGAGUUUUGCAGUGUGGUUCUGGAAGCUGUCGCUGAAGUUCACGAUGCCAUCGCUACGGAGGACAGCUUUGUGUCGGCUCGGUCUGAGCUGAGUGACGAUGGCAGCUCUCGAGCAAGCCGUGAUCGAUCUAUGACGCCAGCAAGCGACGUCCCAUUUGACAAAGAGAAAGCAAAAGCUAAGAUCCUUCGUGAAAUUAUGAUCAACAUGAAGUGUCUUCAUAUUGCACAAUGCAUGCUACAAAACGUGGAAGGCAACCUUCAGCAAAACAUGCAUCUGGUCACGAUGUUGAACAAUCUUGUGGUCCCUGCUGUGCGAAGCCACGAAGCUCCUAUCCGGGAGAAGGGUCUGGAAUGUCUCGGGCUGUGCUGUUUGCUUGACAAGACCCUCGCGGAAGAAAAUAUGACCCUUUUCAUUCACUGUUUUACCAAGGGUCAUGAGGCACUUCAGGUCACAGCACUGCACAUUUUAGCCGACAUGCUCACCGCGCAUCCAACGCUUCUACUUCCAGUCGUACAACCCGACAGCGAGACAGUGACGCCGCCUGCAUUCCAGAAGUCCCUUUUCAAGAUAUUCGCUAAGGCACUUAAAUCAACCUCACCAGCUGAUGUGCAAUCGGCUGCGGCGGUUUCCUUAUCCAAGCUCCUUCUCGUCGAUAUAUUCUCACCGUCAGGCUCCAACGUACCGCAGGCCAUAAAAGACAUGAAUGAAACAUCCAUCGAAACCUUACUUCAGUCUCUCAUUGUGUCAUUUUUCCAUCCUCGCACUCGAGAAAACCCGGUUCUGAGACAAGCUCUGACAUAUUUCUUUCCCGUGUUCUGUCAUUCUCGUCUUGCAAACACGCAGCGCAUGCGUAGAAUCGCUGUUCCAGUGGUGCGAGCUACGCUGAACGCAGCAGAAGAGCACUUUUCUCUCGAAGCGGAAGAAGACAGUGAUGGCGACAUUGACGAGAGCAUUGGCGAACGAGAAACUAAAGCUCUCAUGACUCAAGUCACCGGCAUGCUCGUCGAAUGGACCGACGAGCGCAGGGUUGUCGGACUUGGUGGAGAGAACAUCCUUGCGGGCGGCACUGCCAGCUCGAGUGCCCACGGAUACGUGCACUUAGCGCUAGUUAAUGAUAUUCUUGAACGAAUUCUCGGAAUCAGCCAGGCACCCAACAGAUGCUCCAAAGAAGAGAAGAAGCUCCUAAUCUCCAUGCUCAGCAAAGUAUACAUAUCCGCUCCAUCAUCACCAUCAACAGCUCCUGGAUCGCGAGCGGGAUCUCGCGCUCCCACCGAAACCGAAGACGCAUUCCGUUCUAGCAACCGAAGCAACAGCUUCCGUGAAGAAAUCGACCCUGAGCACAUUGAACUCGCCGAGAAAGUCAAGGAACUUCUCAACGAUGCUCUAGAGGAAGCGGCCACGGAUGCAGCUAGUCGCAACGCUAUCGUCAAAGUCAAGAAUACAAUCCUUAAGAUUCUCGCCUAUGCCGCCCAGCAACAAGCUAGCAACAUCAACAGAGAAACUGGUCGCAGCACCCGAGCUAGCACUGUCGAAAGUGAAUACACCAACGCCGGAUCACGGCAAACAUCCGUUGAAUCGUCGGGAUACGGCGGCCAUCGUGCUGGCACCGUAGAAGUUGCAGUCGACGAGACAAUAAUGGAAAUCGAUGAAGAAGAUGACCAUGACGAUAGUCGAGCUACGGUGAUCAAGAAUGAGAGGAAUAGCGAGGAACCCGAAGAGUCCACGAUGAUUUAG